AUGGUUGAAUCUAUGUGUUUAGAUUCAUAUGGUGUAUGCCUCUUCAAUAAUGUUCCUGACAGAAGAUAUGGACCCCUUGCUCCGGGGACGUUGGGUUGUAUUGUCUGUGGAGAUGAUGUCACUGGUGCUGUUUAUGAUAUUGUUAUUUAUUCCAAGUCUGGAUUACCUCAACGAGUUAGUAAGUUACAUCCAACAUACAUGUCUCUACAAUAUCCUUUGUUAUUCCCUUACGAUGAGGAUGGGUGGUCACCUAAAAUGUGUAUAUGUGGUGGUUAUGCAUCUGAAUAUAGAAGUUUAACUAAUAACAUGUAUUACAGCUACCAAAUUCACGAGCGGAGGGGUGUCUAUUCUCUGAUUUUACAUGUACAACGUUUGUUUCAACAAUAUUUAGCGGAUGCUUAUACAUGCAUUGAGCAGUCUAGGCUUGAUUACAUAGAGCAUCAUCAAGAGCAGUUAAGGUCUGAGUACAUUAGUGGUGUUUACGACGCCUUAUCUCGAGGACACAUAAACAGCCAUGUGAUCGGUAAGCGUGUAUUUUUGCCUGCUUCAUUCAUUGGUGGCCUUAAGAGGUAUAUGGAUGUUGUUGGGCAAGGUGAUAUCCAAAAUAGACCAAACACUAUAGCUCGGGUCUUUCACAUAAAAGUCCAUGCUUUGAUAACCUUUCUUGAAGAGGAUAAGAUUUUCGGCGAUGUCGAAUCAUAAGGUCAUUGUGGUGGCUCCACAUCUGUUGCACCUGUUGCUGUGAACGAGAUAAAGUCAUUUUUAGAUGGCCGAUACAUAUGCCCACAUGAAGCAGCAUGGAGGAUCCUUAACUUUUCUAUUCAUGAACGUUUUCCAAUAGUUCAAGUGCUUCCUGUUCACUUGGAAGGCAUGCAGCCAACUAUAUUCAAGGAAAGUGCAAGAUCAGAUACAUUGAUUAAUAAUCUGGCCUUUGGAGUUACAAUGUUGACUGAAUGGUUACAUAAUAACCAAAAAGAUUCAAUAGGUGUCGGACUUACAUAUAAUGAAUACCUGAAAUUUGGGCCACCACUACCAUCCUCUUCUGUUCUAGCUGUUCUAAAGAAUUGGUUGUCAAUGGAGGAAACAAAUUAUGACAAACAAUCGUUGGCCUCCCAAUACGCAUACGUGGUCUCACAAUUGAAUCUACACCAACUCAAGGUUCAUGAGUAUGUUGUGAAAGCCACUGAAGACAAAAGACAAAUACUCCUUUUUUUGAUACGGUCACUGUGGUACUGGUAA